GAAAAAAAAAAAGUUACAAUUCAACAUUCUCGUGGUGUUAGGAGAAUAUUCUAUUAUUGCCAAAAUAUAAUAAUAAUUGAAGAAAUACAUAAAUUAAUCUCCCUCCACUCUUUUAUCUCUCCCUACAGGUACACAAAGCCGGGGUAGGUGGAGUGCGGCAAGCUCUUUUCCUUAUAAAUUACAAACACAGGCACUUGCUUUGCUUGCGCCCUCCUUCCAUUAUAAACAAUACACUUGUCUUCUGCUCCUUCCCUCUCAACAACCAAACACGACUUCUCUAUAACUACCAUGCCUGUUGAUACCUCAUCACUCUCUGGCCAUGGCCAAACCGUCUGCGUCACCGGAGCCGGUGGCUUCAUCGCUUCUUGGAUCGUUAAGUUGCUUCUUGAAAGAGGUUAUACCGUUAAAGGAACUGUGCGCAACCCAGAUGAUCCUAAGAAUUCUCAUUUGAGAGAGCUUGAAGGUGCCAAGGAGAGAUUAACUCUGUGCAAAGCUGAUCUUCUUGAUUAUGAGAGUCUUCGAAAGGCCAUUAUGGGGUGUGAUGGAGUGUUCCACGCUGCUUCUCCUGUCACUGAUGAUCCUGAACAAAUGGUGGAGCCAGCCGUGAAUGGGACCAAAAAUGUGGUCAUAGCAGCCGCGGAGGCCAAAGUCCGGCGGGUGGUGUUUACAUCUUCUAUCGGUGCGGUUUAUAUGGAUCCCAACAGGAACCCAGAUGUUAUUGUCGAUGAAUCUUGCUGGAGUGACCUCGACUUUUGCAAGAAUACUAAGAACUGGUACUGCUAUGGGAAGGCGGUGGCGGAGCAGGCGGCGUGGGAGGUGGCCAAGGAGAAAGGGGUGGACCUAGUGGCGGUGAACCCAGUUUUGGUUCUUGGACCACUGUUGCAAUCCACUGUCAAUGCAAGUGUUAUUCACAUCCUUAAAUACCUAACUGGCUCAGCCAAGACCUACGCCAAUUCUGUUCAAGCUUAUGCGCAUGUUAAGGAUGUGGCACUUGCCCACAUUCUUGUCUACGAGAUACCCUCCGCCUCCGGCCGAUACCUCUGUGCUGAGAGCGUCCUCCGCCGUGGUGAGGUGGUGGAAAUUCUUGCCAAGUUCUUCCCUGAGUAUCCCAUCCCCACCAGGUGUUCAGAUGAGAAGAACCCAAGAGCAAAACCAUACAAAUUCUCAAACCAAAAGCUCAAGGACCUUGGCAUGGAAUUUACACCAGUGAAGCAAUGCCUAUAUGAAACUGUUAAGAGUUUGCAGGAAAGGGGUCACCUUCCAAUCCCAAAACAGCCAGAAGACUCAAUUAGAAUUCAAUCCUAAAACCUCUCUUCAUGCUUCCACACUAAGCUACCAUUACACCUCAACUGGUUUGGUCUAUGCAAAUAGAUAACUAAGUUGAAAUUACUAAAAACUAGAAAUAUGCAAGUCCUUGUCAUUUUAGUGAAAUUGUCCAAACCAUCCUUUUAAAUGGUCACAUGUUCUGAUCAUGUAUUGUAAUGAAAUGGUUUGAUUCCCUAAUACAAUAAUCUUGAUUCCAAUAAA